AAGGAAGAGAAGCAAUGGAUCGAAAAACUUCUACCGAAUCUGAAAAUCGGAGUGUGAUCGAGCACAAGGCGUAUGCGAGAGUGGGACUUCUCGGCAACCCCAGCGAUGUCUACUAUGGUCGCACCAUCUCUUUCAGCCUCGCAAACUUCUGGGCUUCUGUUCGUUUGGAGCCUUCCAAUGAUCUCGUCAUCGUUCCUCACCCUACUCACGAUCUCGUCCAGUUCAAUUCCAUUGGUCAUCUGGUGAAUCGGUUGCAAAAUGAAGGUUACUAUGGAGGUGUGCGUCUGCUUAUGGCAAUUGGCAAAGUUUUUUUCAAUUAUUGUAAAGAUAACCAUAUUGAGCUUCAUGAAGGAAAUUUUACUUUGUCAUAUGAUACAAACAUCCCUCGCCAGACAGGACUUUCUGGUUCUAGUGCUAUUGUAUGUGCUGCCCUUAGUUGUCUUCUCGACUUUUACAAUGUUAGGCAUAUUGUUAAAGUGGAGGUUAGACCUAACCUUGUACUUAAUGCGGAAAAAGAACUUGGAAUUGUUGCCGGUCUCCAGGACAGGGUAGCACAGGUUUAUGGGGGCCUCGUAUAUAUGGAUUUUAGCAAGAAAUACAUGGAUGACUUGGGGCAUGGCAUUUAUACACCUAUGGAUAUUAAUCUUCUCCCUCCUCUCCANGGACUCAGCAAAAAGUCUAGUCGAGUCUCAUGGUAUAACCCCACACUACGAAAUUAA